CAGGUUCCCUCGAGGCCGGAUAUUCCCAUCUGCACCUACAACCAGUGAAAAAAUCUUAUAAAAUAUGUCAGGUGUAGAAGCAACCUCCACACAGGAAUGUAUUCUAACAGUCACGAAAACACUUAAGAGAAAGGUAAGCUUAAUUAAAUGUCGGCUCGGAUAUAAUCAACAGCUACAAAGUGUUUUUCGAUCAACAGUAGAUAUCCCGUAACAGAAACUUACCCUGGUCUUAUUUUACCUCCACGUACAACUGUUUCAAAUGGAAGGGAUCUACUAUUUAAUACCAGUAUCAUUAUUCAUGUAUUUUCUAUGCAUUGUCGUUUGUAUAUAAACUAUUUUUGUCAACGCCAACAAUAAAUCGCACCUGCUUGAUGUAUGCACGCAUUGAGGGAUUAGUAGUGUACAUUCAAUGUGAGGGAGAUUUAUGGCGACCAUUUUAUCUGAAAUCUGUCUAUUACGUCCCUUUGACAAAUUACGCCAUUUUCACACGAUUAUAAUUUUCUGUGUAAUCGCAAGUUAUUAGUGUGUUUUGUGGACCUCUGAGGAAGUUAUAUAGCGUUUGUAUCAGUUGUAAUAGUACUUAUGGAGGCAUCAAGAUUAAGCGCAGUAACCAGUCUUAAGAAACAUAUGAAAAAAAUCAAACGGGAGUGAAAAGCUAGAAAUAUAACUAACUUACCCUAACCCUAUUUCAGAUUAUGCAUGUAAUUGGAGCGAUAAUUUGAGGAUACACAUGACAAUGCAUACAAGAGAGAACUGCUAGAAGUAUGAUAAUUGUUGUUAUGCAUGUAAUCGGAGCAGUAGUCUGAAGAGUCACAUGGAAGUACAUACAUGAGAGAAAGGCUACGAAUGCGAUAUUUGUGGGUUUGUUUUUAAUUUUAGCAAUAUUUUGGAGAAACAUAUGAGAAUGCAUACAAGAGAGAAAUGUUACAAAUGCGAUAUUUGCAGUUAUGCAUGUAAUCGGAGCAGUAGUCUGACGAUUCAUAUGAAAGUACAUACAGGAGAGAAAUGUUACAAGUGCGAUAUUUGUGGUUAUGCAUUUAAAUGGGACACUACUUUUAAGAGACAUUUGAGAGUACAUACAGGAAAAAAAUGCUACAAAUGUGAUAUUUGUGGUUCAGCAUUUAAUCGACUUGAUGGUCUGAAGAGUCAUUUGAGAAUACAUUCCGGAGAGAAAUGCUUUAAGUGUGAUAAAUGCGAUUAUGCGUGUUACCAGAACAGUACUUUGAAAACGCAUGCUAGAAUACAUACUGGAGAGAAAUGCUACAAAUGUGAUACAUGCGGCUAUGAAUGUAAUACUUCCAGUUAUUUGAAACAACAUAUCAGAAUACAUACAGGAGAAAAAGGCUAUAUAUGUAAUAUUUGUGGUUUUGCAUCUAAUCGGAGCCAUAGUUUGAAGAGACAUAUGAGAAUACAUACUGGAGAAAAAUGCUACAUAUGUGAUAUUUGUGGUUAUGCAUGUAAUAGGGUCUGCAGUUUGAAACUACAUAUGAGAAUACAUACUGGAGAGAAAUGUUACAAAUGUGACAUUUGUGGUUUGGCAUGCAAUCGGAGCCAAAGCUUGAAGAGACAUAUGAGAAUACAUGCUAGAGAGAAGUCCUAUAUAUGUGAUAUUUGUAGUUUUGCAUGUAAUCGGAGCAGAGAUCUGAAGAGUCAUAUGAGAGAACAUACUGGAGAACAAUGUUACAAAUGUGAUAUUUGUGGUUUUGCCUUCAAUCGGAGCGCCCAUUUGAAGAGACAUAUGAGAAUACAUACUGGAGAGAAAUGCUAUAAAUGUGAUAUUUGUAGUUUUGCAUUUAAUCGGAGCAGUGGUCUGAAGAGUCAUAUGAGAGUACAUACUGGCGAGCAAUGCUACAAAUGUGAUAUUUGUGGUUAUGCUUGUAAUCAAAGCAAUGAUUUGAAGAGACAUGUAACAAGACAUAUAUUAGAGUAACGCUUUAAAUAUAAUAUUUGUGAUUAUGCAUGUAAUUAAAGCAUUUUUCUGAAGAGGCAUAUAUUUUGUAAAUACAGAUGAGAAACGCUACAAAUAUGAUAAGUAUGACCAUGCAUACAUGUAAAGAUAGCAAUAAUAUCAGAUAAUAUGAUAAAACAUACAGGAGAGAAAUGUUAUGAAUGUGAUAUUUGUGGCAAUGCAUGUAAAGAAAGCAGUAAUAUGAGAUAAUACGUUAAAACAUUCAUCGGAGUAAUGUAAAUAUAGGAGAAAUAUGAGAUAAUAUGAUAAAUCAUACAUGAGAUAAUUGCUAUCAAUGUGAUAUUUGUGGCAGUGCAUGUAAAGAUAGCUGUAAUAUGAGAUAAUAUUAUAAAACAUACUGGAGAAAAAUGCUAUGAAUGAUAUAUUUGACAAUGCAUAUUGUUAUUUAUAUGUCAUUUUCCCCUAAGGCGAUUCAUUGUUUACUGAUUUAGAUUUGAAACGUCAUGUAAAUAAGUUCUUUUAAUUUCUACUAUGUUUCAGAAAAUUCUACUACAAUACUGAUAAACAUUGUGUAACAUUUAUUUUUAGAAAGGAUUGUCCUUGAUUUUUCCAGAAUGUUUUUAUUUUGUUUUUAGUGUUACAUGAAAGUUCUGGAACAUUUCAUGAUAUAUUAUAUAGGGUACUGUCUGUAAAAAAGCCCAGAACUUAGAUGGUAGGUAUUGAUGAACCUUUCCUAUAUUUUUUGAUAACAGAAUAUUACCAGUGUGGAUAAUUAAUAUUCUAAAAGAUUAUUUGAAGUAUUUAUUUUAAAUUGUGGAUUUAAAGGGAUGAAUAAUUUAUACUUUCUGGAUAUAUUAAAGUUACUUUUGAAAUGUUGUGAAAUAUUACGGAAUUUAUUCUAAUUGGAUUUGAAUUUGACUUGGACAGGAUUUGGACUAUUUUUACAUAUAAGAUUGGAUUUUACGGCUCUUUGGCAUUUUUGAAGAUAUUUGUAUUGUUACGUAAAUUUAUGAAUAAAAUUGUGUUAUUGUAA